CAGGAAGUACCUUUGAUGAGGUGAUUGAGCACAGCUUGUGAUUUAAAGGAUUAUGAACUACAGGAUGUUCAAAUUGAAGAUAUUGAAAUACCUGGAGAAGGGCGACAGCCUGGGGCUGGUAUCUUUGCUCCGGAAGGAAGGCCUGGGACGUGGGACCCUGACCCAACUGCACCAGCUGGUCACCACGGAGCUGUCUUCAGAGCGCUUCUCUCGUGUCCAGCUGGUGGUCAAGGCCUUGGACAAACUGUGUGAGAACAGCAAAGCUCUGCAGACUCUGCUCACGUCAGGACUCAUCUCUAAACUCCUCUGGUGGUACGAGUGUGUGUUUGAUAAGCUGACCUCUGACCUCUCCCACAGCACAGCCCUCAAGAACCUGACUGGGGCCUUCUUUGACUACUUUCUGGAGCUGGUCAAACCCUCUGUUCCAGUGAGUGAGCUGCGUGUCAUCCUCAUGUAUCUGUGCCGCACUGCUCUGGACCCCACAGUCGCCUUCAAACUCCGACUGGAGGCCAUCCGGACUUUUAACUCCUGUGUGGAUUCGAGCAGUCCAGAGCAGAGAAGAGUUCUACAGGCUCACUGUGACAUCAAGUGUAUUCUCUCUGAUAUGGCAGGAGCCCUCUUCACAGCUGGAGAUUAUGAGCUGCAGGCCUCCAUCACAGAAACCCUGUGCCGCCUCACACUCAAACUGGACCGUCCAGUCAGAGCCAAGGAAUGGUUCGUCCCAGAGCUCAGCCUCGCCUUCACAGCCAUCCGCAACCCCUACUUUGAGGCGGACUGCAGACAGUUCCUGAACUUCCUCAACCGUACCCAGGGUGACCAGCGGAGGGUUUACACGUUUCCCUGUCUGCAGGCCUUGCUCGACUCCACACAGUUGAGACGACCUGAAGACGAGGACGUGACCGAGUUUUGGAUCGACUUCAAUUUGGGUUCAGAAUGUGUCAGCUUCUUUUUGGACAAUCCCAACAAAGAAACGUGUUCUCUAUGGGAGUCCAUCCAUGUGCUGAGAACUGAAGUCAACCGCUACAGCCUCACAGAAGUAAACAGAGUGGCAGUGUUGCACAUGGAUCUCAUAAGGCCCAUGUUCCUGGAGGACUUGAGAGGCCAGAGGCUGGAGAUCAGGUUUAAAGCAGACCUCCUCGGGGAACUGAGCCACGUCAUUUGUCGAGUCUUCAAGAGGCCCUCGGUGCCAGUGUCCUUCAUGCGUACAUACAGCAAAAAAACUCCAAAAAGGAAACUCCGAGUCCUACCGUUGUCCUCUCCCAGCAGCGAGGAAGACUCUGCAGUCAAGUCCCCAGAGACAAGUCGAGCGGAAAUCUUGUUUGAUCAGAUCCAACACUCUACUCCAGCCUACAAGUGUGGGGUCCGCUGGGAGGAGCAGGGACAUGACUGCAGUUCUACAUCAACAGCAGGCCUGGCUGGCAGUGUCCGAAAAAGGCCUUUCUCAGACUCUGGUUACCUAACGGACACCAUAAGGACACCCAAGAGAGUGCAGCCCUCCAGUGAGCGUGCGAGAUCUCCUGCGCAGCGAAGACGAGCUAAAGAGGAAGAGCCUGUGCAUAGAUGGAUGGAGCUUGAUGCAGAGGAGGAGCAUGUGCAUGGGAGUGUGGGUCAUAAGGCAGAGGAGGAGGCUGUGGAUUUGAGGGUGGAGCUUGAUGGAGAGGAGGAACAAGUGGAUAGAAGGAUGGAGCUUGAUGGAGAGGAGGAACAAGUGGAUAGAAGGAUGGAGCUUGGUGCAGAGCAGGAACACCUGGAUGGAAGGGUGGAGCUUGGUGCAGAGGAGAAGCACGUGGAUGAGAAGGUGGAGCUUGGUGCAGAGGAGGAGCGCGUGGGUGGGAGGGUGGAGCUUGGUGCAGAGGAGAAGCGCGUGGAUGGGAAGGUGGAGCGCGUGGAUGGGAAGGUGGAGCUUGGUGCAGAGGAGAAGCGCGUGGAUGGGAGGGUGGAGCUUGGUGCAGAGGAGAAGCGCGUGGAUGGGAGGGUGGGGCUUGGUGCAGAGGAGGAGCACAUCCAUGGGAGCGUGGGUCUUGAUGCAGAGGAGGAUUCGCUUUCUAUAGACAGGUUGGCAGAAGAGCUUGGACCGGAGAUGGAGUUAGCACAGUCUCGGGCAGAGGGAGCGGGAUUGGCAGCAGAAAAGGAGGUGGAGUCUGCGAGUGAAGGGCCAGGUGCUGUAGCCACAGGGGGGAGAUCCCUAGCGGACAAGGCGGGGUGUUUAUCAGAAGAAGGAAGGCCUGCUGGAGAAGUGAUGGAGUUUCUAGAGAAUGGGGCAGAGUUAACAGCAAAGGGGAUGGAGUCUCAUGCCAUCGAUAAGGAGUCUGUUGCAGAGGAGAAGUCUGUGAUAGAACUGGAACCUGGCACAUUUAAGUUAGAGUGGUCUGCAGGAGGGGCGGACUUGCCGGAGCAGGUGGAUCUCCAGGUGAUUAACAGCACGGAGUCUUUAGUCUUUGAGCAGUCAGAGGAGCUGAGGGCAAACACUGACAUCAUAGCCAACUUUAAAAGUCUAUUUGAGCAGCAGAUAACCAGCCAGUGGCAGCAGGUGGAGAAUCAAGUGGUCCAAUUUCAGCGUGAGACCCACAAACGCCUGUCAGAGCUACUGUCGGCUUUUGAAGAGCACAGGGCGGUACAUGAGCAGAUGCUUCGAGACACGGUUUGGAACUGGAAAGCACUGGAGGACUUUCACAGUAUCAGCUCUGGCAUCACGUAUUUCAUGAAGAGUGAAAACCAAAGAGUGACGUCCUUCUGUCAACAGCACAUCCUCAGGCUGAAGAAGUGUGAAGAGAUGGAGAGAGCGAGCGAGAAGGGGGGAAGCAGCACAGUUCAAAAAUAAAGAGGUUGUCACUGUCAGUGUUUGUUACUUUGUAGUGAUCACUUUCGCUCCCUGCAUUGCAUUUUCAUUAUUACAACAGCCCAGCUUAAAGCUACAGUAAGUAACUUUUGGAGGUUGGUGGCAUGUCACCUACAUAAAUUAAAAUAAAGAAGUUAAAACCGUACUUGAACAUUUCCAUGGAGAAAGCGUUUAACUUUGUGUGUGUCCUUUGCAUUUGACCCAUUCUUAAGUAGCGCUGAAGGCACCUGUCAGUGAAGGAGGACCCAUCUGCAGAUCGUGAGCUAGUUUUUACCAUAGAUCAUUCUGGUCAAAAAUAGAGACACCUGGGACAUUCCUUGUAUGAAACUGGGACAAAUCACUGGUUUUGUAUGAAUCUGGGACAUGGACACAGGGCCACACUGUCCUGGUAAAUAGGGACGUCUGGUCAUUCAAGCUUAAAUUCAACUUCAGCUUUAUGCCAGUGUUAAUUUAGAAAAAAAUAUGAAUUGAAUUAUUAGAUUUUGCCCUAGAAAAACUAUCGUAAAAUAUACAAA